AACUUCUGUUGGGUAGUACAAAAAUGAACAAAGCUUUCUUGGUCUUCACAGUACUAGUAUGGCGCGCCACCGCACAAGCACCGCCGGCGGCGGUGGUGCCGCCCGAGGCUCAGGGAUAUCUUGAAGCUCACAACAAAGCAAGAGCCGACGUGGGUGUGGCUCCACUCAAGUGGAACAUCCAGCUCGGUAAAGCCACGAGCUUACUGGUGCGAUUUCAGAGAGAUCGACAAAACUGCCAGUUUGCCAACUUAACGAGCGGGAAGUACGGCGGAAACCAGAUGUGGGCCACCGGUGAGGUGGUGACGCCGCAGACGGUGGUCGACAACUGGGUCUCGGAGAAGACGUAUUACACUUACGCCAAUAAUUCAUGUGCACCUAGCCACCGGUGUGGGGUGUACACGCAGGUGGUGUGGCGGAACUCGGCGGAGCUGGGCUGUGCUUUGGCUAGGUGUUCUAAAGAUCAGUCAACUUUAGCGAUUUGCUUUUAUAAUCCUCCGGGGAAUGUGAUCGGAGAAAGCCCUUAUUGAUCAAGAAGCAAUAAAAAUAUGUUUUUUUUUGGGGGUAUUUUCUUGAAUUAAUUUAUGUUUAAGAAAUGAAUGUUGCAUCUCAGAUGCACUAAUUAGCUGUACUUUAUUAGUUUAUUAGUAAUAUGAUUUCCAAUUUUCAAUCA